AUGUCAUAUAAAGGUCAAAUCUAUAAUUUUAAUGAAUUUGAAUUAGAUGGAACACCAAAAACAUUAAAUACAGUCACUGAAAGCAAACAACUAACAGACUCGCGCUUACUUUUCAUGAUUCAUAGCAGUCUAACAACCGUUCAUGGAAUCGAAAUUCUUUAG